ACAAACGAACACUCAUCUGUAGGGACAAAUACAUACUCACAAACGCACACCUGCGGACAGACACAAACACACAUCUGUAGGGACACAGACAUACACUCACAAACACACCAGUGGACACACACAGUCGCGAACACACCUGUGUAUACACUCACACUCAAAAACCCACACCUGUAAACACAAACACAUCUGUAGAGACAAACAUAUACACUCACAAACACACCUGUGGAUACACAUACCUGUGGAGACACACAAACACAUCUGUGGACACACACUCACAAACACACCUUUGGAUACACACACUCAAACACCUGUGGACACACACUCACGAACACACACACACACACACAAAUUGACAAAAACACCCCUGGGGACACACAAACACAUACAUAAACACACACACUCGUGGUCAGACAGACACACACUUCAUUUUGUCUGUGCGCAAGUCCACAGGAUGACAUCACAGGUGGCACUAGCCGUGACUCUCUCUGUUCUGAUUCUCCUCACCAUCUGUGGAAACAUCUUGGUUUGUCUGGCCGUGUAUGUGACCAGACGUUUGCGUAACGUCACAAACUGCUUCAUCGUGUCGCUCGCGGUCACAGACUUUCUUCUGGGUGCACUGGUGCUCCCGUUCUCCACCCUCUACCAGGUGACGGGUGACUGGCCGCUGGGCCCACACUUCUGCAACAUUUAUGUCUCUCUGGACGUCAUGCUGUGCACCGCCUCCAUCCUCAAUCUCUUCGCCAUCAGCCUGGACCGCUACUUCGCGGUCACCUCCCCUCUACGCUACCCAAUGCUGGUUCUCCCGUGGCGCGUCGCUGCCAUUUUAGCGGCCAUCUGGUUAGUUUCCGUGGGCGUGUCCUUUGUGCCCAUUCACCUGGGCUGGAACACGAGGGACUUGAGCGUGCAAAAUAUACGAGAUGGCGACCCUGCACGAGACUGCCGUUUCGAGCUCAACCCGACCUACGCGGUGGUCGACGCCUUCGCAACGUUUUAUCUCCCCCUAGUGGCCAUGUGCUGGAGUUACUACAGAGUGUUUCGCAUUGCGAGGGCCCAGGCGAAGCGGAUCAUCUCGACCCGACGCGGGCCGAAAACGGGCGUGACGAUGCUAGCCCUGCGCGAGCACAAAGCCACCGUGACCCUGGCGGUAGUGCUCGGUGCUUUUGUCGUGUGCUGGUUCCCGUAUUUUACAUUUUUUACCAUCAUGGGCAUACGGAAAGAGGAGAACCCGCCACGGACGGCGCAGUCGGUGGUGCUUUGGUUAGGAUACGCAAACUCGGCCAUAAACCCCGUGCUGUACGCCACACUCAACAGAGACUUCAGGUCGGCCUACGGCAAGCUGCUGUGUGGAGGACGAAGCUGUAAAAUCGGAACCAAAACUAUUGUGACAACUAUGGAGGAGGGGCUGAGGAGUAGACACGCCCCUUCUUCGAACAGGGUGGGGCUUCUACCUAGAACCUGCGUGCUGCUGCAGGAGAUCGACGACGGACAGACGGUUAACAACAGCACGAGCACCUCUACGGUCACCAUCGUAGCCAACGGCAAUAAAAGUGGACCAUAACAUCUACAUUAAGCUUAUCAUCACGGCUACCUCAAAAAUGCUUCUAUAGGUGAACAUUCAUUGCAAAAAGAUCAAUGGGCAUAGCCUACAGGUAAAGGAGAUAGCCUAAAUGUAGCCUUUUCGUGAACAACAUACACAGACAUUCUGCAUCCAGGACGCUUCAAAACCUCAGUCCAGGAUUCAGUGGCCAGUUUCUGUGUGUUCCUCUGAACUGGAAAAGCUUCUGGAAAACGAAAACAGAACUCUGAAUUCAAGUGAGCAGACCAAUAAGAAAGAUGUUGCACAGUUCUUAUUUUCAGAUUUGACAGAAAACUGUGUAACUGCAGGCAGAAAAGUGCAGAUGGAUGCACGAGCCCUUAAAACGUAUUUUGGCGCCCUCUGGUGGUCACUGUGUGUAACACGCACAUAAUGUGAAACUGUCCAAUUACCUCAGAUUUUAAAGCAAGGACACACAGGAGCACCUGAGGACUGCAGAAUUCAUUUCUUGCUAUUACAUUUUGGGUUCCCCCACCGUGGAUUUACAAAUUUAGAUAUUAUGCAUUCUGAUUCCAGCAGGGGUCUCAAACUCAAAUUACAGGGGACCACUAGCCAGUUGGGGUUUUCCAUCGGGGCCCAUCGAACAGCUGCAACAAAUAAAAGUUUGUUUUAUCAAAUAUGUCUCUAUAUAAAUAUAUAUAAUUAUCGAGAGAGUUAUACAGAUGGCAUACAACUUGGCGAACACAACCAAACUUUUAUGGUUUGUUGUCAUCAACUAGAACAAUUGUUUCGUGACAUCAACUGGAUACAUGUUUAAGGCCUUUGAUGUGGAAUAUACAUUAGACAUUCCUUUAUUUAACAUCCACAUUAACUAAAUAUUAGAAAGUGAACAUUGAUUUGCAGGUUGGAAUAGACUAUUAAAGCUCAAAGCCAUAUGAGGAAUCACAUGAUGGGCUGGUAGCCUGAGACCCCCAGUCAAACAUGUGUAGGCUUUACAAAAGAAACUUAAAAACGAAACUAAUUCACUGCUAAA